AUGGAAGAAGAUUUAUCCGAUCUACUUCGUCAGGUGAAAUCAUCGACAAGGCGACUUAAGGACUUCAGUGCAACCCAAGGCUCUUUAGCUGUAAGGCUUCCAAAACUGGAACUACCCUCCUAUAAUGGAGACAAUAUCAAAUUUCAAGAAUUCUGGGAUGCCUUUGAUGCUACAAUCAACAGGAAUAGUAAGCUCUCUAGGAUUGAGAAAUUCAACUAUCUUCAGAGCAAACUCACAGGAGAAGCCAAGGCAGCUAUUUCAGGAAUGUCGCUUACGCAUGAAAACUAUGAUGUAGCCAUUGAUAUCAUACAGGAGAGAUUUGGGGAUGCACAGUCAGUGAUCCAUAAACAUUAUAUGGAACUGAUCAACAUACAGCCUGUGACAAAUGAUACAUUGAGUUUGAGGAGACUAUAUGAUGACCUUGAGAAACACAUGAGAAGCUUAGAAGCAUGGCGUCAAGAUGUAAACCAGGAUGUGUUUGUGUCAAUGAUAACUUCGAAGUUACCUAAGGAAACACUGCUGCAGCUUGAAAUACAGAAAGGAAGUAGAGACAAAUGGACUGUUAAGAAAAUAAGAGACUUGUUUAAAGCUUAUGUCACAGCAAAGGAAUCUACAGAAUUUCAAGCUUCAGAUGCUCAUAAUCAUGUAGAAAAUCAUGCAACAGCAGAGGCUUUAAUGAUAUUCACUAAAGAGUCAAAGGAAAGAAGAAAUGCAUCAAGUGCAAAGUCUCCAGUGUGCAUUUUUUGUAAUGGAUAUCAUUGGACUGAUGAGUGCAGAAAGUACAGAACCAUAGAAGACAAAAAACAACAACAAAGAAUUAAAGGGAAAUGCUAUAUAUGCUUAAGACCUGGACACAGAAUUAAAGACUGUAGAGUUGUGAAACCAUGUUUUCAUUGCAGAGAGAGCAGGAAUCACCAUAGGAGCCAGUGUCCAAAGAAAUUUCCAUAUCAGAGAGAUGAAUCCACAAGGCUGGAAAAAUCAACACAGAAAGAAACAUCUUGUUUAGCAGACGAGUCACACAAAGAGAAACAUUCCACAGUAGAAUCAUUACAGGAAAGCAGUAUGUUUACAUCAGGGGAUAUUGUGUUGACGCAGACUACCCACAAAGAAGUGUCUAAUCCUGUGAUAAACAAGAAGGAAACUGUCCGGAUUUUAAUGGAUUCUGGAUCCCAGAGAACAUACAUUACAGAGGAUCUAGCGAAGAGAUUAAACCUUAGAAUGGGUCAAACUGAAGAAAUUUCCUUGAUUACAUUCGGUGCUGACAAACCAAAGCGAGUGAAAACUCCAUAA